GCAGCGGCUACCGAACCAUUACCAAAAAAUAUAUUGACGAAAAAGGAAAUUUUCAGGAAACCCGCCAAGAAAAAACUGACGACCCCAAAUUCGAUGCUCUAAUUGGUUUUAAAUCUAAUGUUUACGAGCAAAUUAUUAAAACGGCAGACGAAGUUAUUAAAGUUUAUUUAAAAAAUUCUCAACUUGAGCCAAACGAAAGUGAGUUAUAUACCGUGCCUGAUUUAUUUCUAUAUAACUCUUCUAAGGCUAUUAAUUUUGACAACAGCAUUCAUGAAAAAUAUUCUCAAUUAAACAAAUUAGAAAUUGAGUUUGCUCGCGAACUGGAUAAAUUUAACCUAAAAUGA